AUGGGUUUCCGCAAGACGCCACGUCGGAAGACCAUCGCAGUGGCGGUUGUCUUCGGAGCUUGCUUUCUUGCAUGGAGGCAUGGCAUCCGCUCCGCCAAUAGCGGGUACGAGAGCUUCGUGCCUGGUUUGACAGAAACGAAGAUCCGGCCAGACACACACGAGUCUGCUGUGGCUAACAUUGAUGUGGUUCAACUUGCUGAAGCAGUGCCUUCAGCCACACCAGCUGCUAAUCCCAUGGAGAGCGAAGUGCUUUGGAAGGGUGUCAGUAUGUUCAAUGCAAUGAUGUGGGGAGGAAGCAUUGUGUCAUCCAAAGCUGGCAUUGACGCUCUGGCAUCUGCGGGUUUUGAGGAGCCCGGCGUACUUUUUGGAGCGCUGCGCUUCACCGUUGCCACGUUGUGCUUGUCGCCCUGGCUCUUCUCGUCCAGUUCUUUGCAAAGCACGCUUGGCUCUUUGAAGGUUGGCGCCUUCUACGGAGCAGGAUACGUAGCAAUGUUCGUGGCCUUGGGAUUGGGGACCACUGCAGCGAAGACCUCCUUCUUCGGCUCGCUUCAAGCCGUCGUCUGCGCAGGCAUCACCUGCAUUGUUGCGGGGCGCUUAAACAUGGGCACCCUGGCAGCGGCUGCGAUGGCGGUCACAGGAGUCGGAGUGCUCGAGUUCGGCGGCGGUGGAGCGCUGGAUUUGGGCGUCGGUGAUCUGGUUGCCAGCCUAGUCCCGCUCUCCUUCGGAGCAGGAUGGUAUGUGCUGGGUCAAACAAUGAAAGAUCAUCCACAGGACACGCUGCCUUCAACGGCCAUCCAGCUUGGGAUGACGGCCUUGGCCAACAUCGGAUGGCUCGCCUGGCAGAAGGGUGGAGAUGGAGCUAUGGAGCUGGCCAUGCAGAUUCCCCAAGUUCUGCAGGCGCCCGGGCUCCUGGGACCGCUCUGCUUUUCGGCUCUGGUGGGCAACGUGCUGACCAUGUGGCUGGCCAACGAAGCCCUUCGCAGGGUCAAGGGCUCCGACGUGGCCCUUAUUGCCGCCUCUGAGCCACUCUGGGCAGCAGUCGCUGCUAUGGCACUUUUGGGUGACGUGCUGCAACCUCAUGAGAUCCUCGGAGGAGCCUUGCUCAUUGGUGCUGUGGUCUGCAACGAGACUUUGGCAGAGGAAACAACAGAGGGUGUAGAUGCUCCAGAAUCCGAGCCAGAUCUUCUGAAGCGAGCUAGUUUGUCCGCCCCGUACUUCGCCCGGAUGGCCGUGCACCUCCGCAGAGGGUCCAAAUUGGUGCUGCCCACUGCUGGAUCGAAGGACUCCGGCUCCGGUUCGAAGCCUUCCGUGAAAGGUCCUCUGGCAUUUGCAUCCUCCGGCGGCGACGAUGCCCAGGCCACGAUUGCAGACAUGGAGGAUAGAUUCAAGCAGAAGGCACAGGAGAUCCAGUCCGGGGCCGACGGAAUCGUAGACCAGGUUUCCGACUCCCUGAAGAACGGCUUCAGCAGUGCCAUGCAAUCGGUUGAGAAGAAGGCAGACAGGACUGUAGCCGAAGCGGAGUCCGCCGCAGACAAUGCAACUUGA